UGCACAGGAGAGAAAGGCUUUGGAUUCAAGAAUACCACGUUUCACAGAAUAGUUAGUGACUUCAUAUGUCAGGGAGGUGAUAUAACAAACCAUGAUGGAACAGGUGGACGAUCAAUUUAUGGAGAAGCAUUUGAAGAUGAGAAUUUUGAAGUGAAACAUACUGGUCCUGGCUUGCUGUCAAUGGCAAAUAGGGGCAGGGAUACGAACAACUCCCAGUUCUUCAUAACGCUCAAAAAAGCAGAACACUUGGACUUCAAACACGUGGUAUUUGGAUUCGUGAAAGAUGGAAUGGAUGUCGUGAAAAAGAUUGAAUCCUUUGGUUCUCCUAAAGGGCUAGUGAAUGGAAGAGUUGUCAUUACAGACUGUGGGCAAACAUAGAAUUAUGGCUUUGAGUAUGCAGAUGUUCUAGUGGUAUGAAUUGGUAUUUAGAUGUUAUUAACUAAUUAUUUCAACUUCUUAAAAAUGGACACUUCUGAUGUAUAAAUGUAAAAUUACAGCUUAUAGUUUUUUUUGUGUUCAAAUUGUUGUUUUUUUUUUUUUUUUUUGCAUGUUAAAUAAAGUUCAGACACUGGCAUAUUUCAGGUGUAUUUGUGUUAUCCUGACAUUUGUAUUGAAUG